UUUGCAGCGAUUACUUACUAAGGUUUGCACUUGGUUGUGGUUGAGAGACAAUUGACUGCAAAUGUCUAUCUGUUUCUGGCUUUUCCUCCGAUUGAUCUCUCUUCAAAGUAGUUUCCUGAAAAUAAUAAAAAUCGAAAAAAUGAAAAGACAAUUCAAACUACAAGCUUAUCAAGACAAAUUCUGCUGUCGAAAAGUCAAUUGAAAAUGUGCCAAAAUGUUCUUAUCGUUAUUCUUAGCGAUUUCUUUAAUUCCAGUCGUUUAUUCCAAAACCUUAAGUUCCUUACAUGUUCGGAAUGAGAUUGGCCUGCACUAGAUUCGUUGACAUCACAGUUGGAAUCACCACUGCAACUCAUUCGUGAAACAAAUAAUCACCCUUUCCACAAAACAAUUUGAACGAUUUUCAAUGAAUAAUGCGAUUUUUUGGAAGAAAACAAUUUUUAAAUUUUAAAAAAUUCAACAUGUUAAUAUUAACAAUCUGAGUUUAACAGUGGAAGAAAAAAUCAACAACUUUUCGUUUUAUGUAAAAUUCAUUUGACAGAAAAGCAAGGAAAUUUUGACGUUUGGUUUGAAACUGCGCAAUAGAAUGGAGGGAGAGAAUAUACAAUUUUUUGAACAAUUUUGAUGUUUGUAAACAGUGAGGGGCAUAUUUCAGUACAAAACAGCGUCCAGUACAAGAUGCAUUUGUGUUGGUACGCAGGACAACUAAGAUACAGGCAUCUGCGUUGAUACACUGUAUUGACAAGAAGAUUACAGUAAAACAAAACUGUGCUGUUCAUAUUUUAGAUAAAAGACACUCAUAUUUUAAGAAUAUCCAGAAAAAAUCUAGUAGUUUGCUUUCAUUUUACAUCGAAGUGCUGAGUUUUCAGCACAUCGUGUUCGCUUGAUUCUUUGAAUGCGUUUGGUCUUUUAAUCAUUUAGUUUUACACGAUCCUUCACGAAGACUGGGGCUAAAAUAAAAUUUGUCAUUCGUGGAUUUCAUCCACCAAUAUUUGUGAAUUGAAAACUAUAAACCAUCAUGGAAUCUAUGGACUAUUGCGAUGAAAACGGGGAUGAUGAGUUUUCAACAAACACCGAUUACGGCGAAAAGUAUCAAUACGAUCCCAAUUUUAAGGGUCCAACGUCGCGUCGAUCACCAACGGAUGUAAAUUGGUUUGUGGGUUUUGUGGUGUUUACAGCAAUUUGGAUUACAGUUGGUGUUUGUAUUGUGUUGCACGGUCAUCAAGUCGUUCAGAAUAAUAGACAAAACGAUGGAAAAGUGGGAAUACUUAUGCAUCAGGAAACUUCAGAUGCUUUAAAAGAAACAUUAUCAUUCUCAUUGAGUUCUAUAUGCAAUGCAACGGUUAUCUGUUUAAUUUUGAUUUACUUGAUGCGAUGGAUCGCAGCUGCUGUAUUUUGGACUUUAAUUGCCUUACUGGUCGCUUAUUUCAUAAUUGUGUCAGUAAGUAUUUUUAUUCCUGGUCAUUUGAUUCCUGCCUCCAUCUUUGGAACAAUUGCAAUUGGUAUUAUUGUGACCGUUUAUGUUCAACGUGUAAAAAUUGCCGUUUCAAUAGCACUGAUCAAAGAAGGUAGCAAAGCUGUUGCUUCGUCCUAUACAACUUUAUUUUUGCCGAUAAUUCCAUUGAUUUUCCAAAUUGUCAACUUUACAUUGUUCAUAAAAGUUUGUGCGAAUAUUCAAUAUAUUGGCACACGUGAUCAGCAGAUAAUACGAGGCGCUUUGUUUUUUCUGAACAUGUUUGGAUUCCUUUGGGUUUAUUGGUUCAUUGGUACCUAUAAGAAAAUGGUACUGGCACACAUUUUCUCGUCCUGGUAUUGGACAUUGGAUAAAAAAAAUGUUCCAUAUUACACACACACCACCAGCGCUGUAGUUUCCAUCACCCGAUAUCAUCUUGGCACCAUUGCACUUGCAUCCUUUUUCAUACCAAUCAUCCGCAUAAUUUGUUACAUAUUUAGGAAAAUCAUGAAAAUUGGCAAUUAUUGCAUACGUUGUCCAAAGAUUCGCAAUGAUUGCGGGAAUGGUAUGUUUUAUUUGAAUAAAAACACAUACAUCAUGGUCGCAAAUCACGGAUAUCGAUUCUGGGAAAGUACGAUUGCUUCAUUCAAUCUGUUGCAACGAAAUAUUACCAACCUCAAACCAAACAGUAUAAAUAAUAUUACAUUUCUUCAAUUUGGCGUUUUUAACAUCGCGAUUGCUUUUGGAAUGGGCGGAUUAUUCAUGUUAUCCUUAUACUAUUCAAAGCAACAUGUGAGUUAUAGGAUGCCAUAUAAUUUUACUGUAGUUGGUUCGUUCAUCGUUGCAAACACAUUAUUCGGUAUUUAUUCCACGGCCAUUGACACCUUGUUCAUAUGUUUCUUGGAAGACAUUGAACGCAAUGAUGGAAGUGAGCUAAGGCCAUUCUACAUGUCAAAGACGCUGAUGAAAGUACUUCAUAGGAACAGUGAAAAUCUUUCGCAACCACGUUAUGAACACUUUUAAAUCUUAUAAGAGCUGUUACUGGCACCGGGGAAGUGCGGCCAGCACUUUUUUUAUAGUCAACACUUACAAGAAAACUACCCAAAUCUCCGUGGUGCCUGCUCUGAUUCUUUUCAAUGUUAUUUAUUAUCAAAGAUUUUUUGCUCAGGUCAAAUAUAUCAAUUAAAUAAUAAUAAAUCCAAUAUUGACUAAAAUGGUGUUAAAAUAUCAGAAAAACACAUUCAAAUAUUUUAAGUUCUAUAUUAAAUGUUAGUAUUUAAAGAAAAGUGAACAUGAAAUAAAGAUCUUUUUUUACUACAA